AUGGCAUCCCGCAACACGCCCGAAACGUUCUUUGACGAGGUGAUGCUACGUGAUCUUGAGGAUCCCGGUGAGACGAGACUCGCAUCCCUCGACCAGGACGGCUCCGCAGCGGACCAGGUCCCUGCAUUGGCUGGUGGUGAAGAAGACGGCAAUGACGAUGACGAUGGCAUGGUGUUUGAGAUGGACGACCCCGAUCUUGACGUCCCUCUUCCGGACAUGAGUGGAAGUGCAGCAGCCAUCUUCAACGUCCACCGACGCUCUGUAUCCCACUCUGACUACCCAGCGGGGACAGCACCGCCAUCGGCUCUCCAAGCUCACAACCGGUCGCGAAGCGGCUUCUCUGGCGCUGCUGCAUCGUCCACCAUAGUCGCCCACCCCCACACGCCCAGUGUGCGUCCGCUUCUGCAGACGUCUUCCCCAUCGGCCCCAACAACAGGCGUGACGACACAGACUGCGGUGGCGUCCAUCUUGCCCUUCUCGCCGUCCCAGUCAGUGCUCCCUGUGACGGGUGGCCGCGACACAUUCAUGGGCUUCCAGCGCGACAGCCACGUCUUUGACACGCCCCCCUUUGCAUCGGCCGCGGCGCGCGCGCACGAGCUGCAGCAGGCGCAGUUCUAUGCCACGCAGCGCCCUUUAAGGGCAGCGGCAUCCAGCCAGGCAGCAGGUCCAGCGACUGGCGCGCCCGCCAGUGGCAGCCCCGGCUCCAUUUCGAUGCCCAUUCCCAUUCCCAUUCCGGCACCGCACGCGGCAUCGUCUCCCCAGCAGCAGCCGCAGCCGCACUAUGUGCCCGGCGAGCUCCAUCCGCACCAUCCACAGCACUCGCGCUACUACCAGGCAAACCAGUCGAGCCCUAUGGAGCUGGCCGCGAGGCACGCGCAGGGAACCAGCGCUGCCAUGGCAAGCCCCACGCGCUCAGAGCGCCGGUCGUCCCGCUCGACCACAACCAACGCGGCUGCUCUUCCACCCUUUGCCGACAGCGAGGCGCCGGCGUUCUGGUCGACCAACAUGGUGCUGUCCACGACGGAGACGGUCGGCAUCGACCCGGCCGAGCUGAUGAACCCGUGCGUGCCGCUGCCGCUGCCCACGCCGCUGCCUUUGACACCUCGCGCGGUGGUCGAUCACUCUCUGUCACAACACAAAGACAUUGUCGAGUCAUGUGCACCGUCCGAGCCCUCGUCUUCACAGACAUUGCAAGCCACUGGAUCUCCGGUCGACGAUCUGGACAGUCUCCUGGAAUGGGGUGAUGAGCAGGAGCAGGAGCAGAAAGAGCAAGAGGAGCAAGAGGAGCAAGAGGAGCAGGAGGAGCAGGAGGAGCAGGAGGAGCAGGAGGAGCAGGAGGAACAGGAGGAACAGGAGGAGCAGCACCAACAGCAGCUGCAACGGGAGCAUGCGCAAGCCCAGGAGCGAGAGCAAGCCCAAGAACGCGAGCAAGCUCAGGAACAUGAACAAGCCCAAGAGCGAGAGCAAGCCGUGGUGCAGCAGCAGGACCAAGCCAUGCGCGACCGCGAUGAGAUUGCGCGACGCUCUGCCGACAUCGAGCGGCUGCAAGACCUGCUCGUCCGCCAACGCAGCGAAGAGCACCAGCGGCAUCGGGCACGCUUGGCCGCGGCCGAGGCGGCGGAAGACGAACGCGCCCGCAGAGCGCAAGACGAAGACGAGGCUGCCCGCCGCGAGCGAGAGCAGGAACGUCCGCGUGCCGCUGCCAACAACGACAAUAUCCGCUUCAGCAUCCCCGCGGCAGAACGAUCCACAUCGGUCCAGCUCUACGAGUCCUUCAUCGCUCUUCGUGCUGUUGUGCAGAGAGACGGACGACGGCAGUCCCAGUUGGCCGCUCAGGCAGCUCGAGCCCAUGCUGUCCAGCCAGCCCCUAUUGCACACCCAGCAUACCCAGCACACCCAGCGCAACCGUCGCGGCCUGCUCAUCCAUACCAGGCAUCCCAGCCGGGCUUGUACCCACAGCCACCGCCGCAACAGCACCCGCCUCACUUCGCCGCCGGACACACAUCGUCUCUGCAAGCGACUCUGCAGGCCGGCAUUCAACGACGAACGGCCGCUCAUGUGGCGCGCGAGCUGGCUGGCACUCAAGCCGGCACCAGAACCAGCCAUGGCACACUGGGUCCAGCGCCCCUUUGGACUCGCCCUUCACGCCCAGCGCCUCUGUUCAUCUCGCCCUUUGGCCCACCGCCGGCGCCUCGAGCACCUCCCCCAGGACCGCCAGGACCGCCAGGACCUCCGCUGCCUCCACGGCCUCAGCCACCUAUGCCCCCUCUCCCUCCCCUGCCUCCUCUGCCAGUGAACCGCCCCCUCCCGACGCUGCCUCUAGACUUCCCAUAUCCGCCGCGCCGGACUCGUUUCGUCCUCUCACCUCUGGCGGCGCCCUUUGUCCCGUCCUCGCAACGCCCAUCCGCUACAGAGGAUGCAGGUGCUUCUUCGAGCAGUGCCGAUCCGCCCGCACCCAAGCGAUACGAGCCCCUCGUCGUCAACGGCAGCAAGCCCUACAUCUAUGGCUACGUCCCCAGCGCGGACCGACACCCCAUGUACCACCACAACCGGUACUACACGCCCCCCACAGCGCAGUCGGCACCGCCACCUCCCCCGGCACAGCAGGAGCCUGCCGCCUCGUUUCCAGUCCAGCAGCAGCCCAUCGCUACCACCCAUGGUCAACAGCAUGGCUCGGCUGCUUCCACUCCCGAAGUGGUCGUCUCCAUCAGCCAUCGUCCUCAGGAGGCAUCGGCCGUGCAUGCACCCACCUCUGGUGCGUCUCCUGUCGCGGAUCACAACGCAUCGAUCGCAGAUCAGAGCGAGCCGCGGUCGUCUUCGUCGCCGCCCCCUCCAUCCGUGUCACUGUCCCGCCCCCCUCGUGCUUCGUCGUCGCUGGUCGUGCGGCGCCAACGCACGACGUCGUACCGUUCGUCCCCGCCGUACAACCGCGCAGAUCGGAUCCCCGCCAGCCGAAAUCGACCCCGGGUUCGUCGAGCGCUGCGCACCGUUCGAUCGCGCCGCCGGGCUGAGGCCAGUGCGUCCUCGGCUGGGCAGCAGCCGGGCGACAUCGACGACAUGGCCGAGAUGAGCGACGAGGAGGACGGCGCCGACCCGACCUGGCCUCCCACCGCCCUGUCGAACAAUGCCGACUCGCCGCCGACCUUUUCCUCGGGCCCCCCCUCGCCUGGCGGACUGACGUCCUCGUCCUUUUCGUCUUCCCGCUCGACAGACUCCACAGCGUCGCCCGUCGCCACGACCUUUACGUCGGCAGCGCCAUCCCUGCCGUCGUCUGGCGCGUCUGGCGCGUCCGGCCCGCCCUCUGUGUCGGCCGCCAGCUCGUCGUCGGCCUCCACCACUCGCUCGACCACGCGCUCGGCCCCUGGUGGCAGCACCAACCGGUCGCUUUCGCUCUUUUCCACGACGUCAGCGCCGGCGCCGCUGUCGUCGUCUGCCCCUGCACGCACAGCGUUCGCCCUCCCCGACGCCCGAUCGCUCCAAGGACGCCGCCUGGCCGACAUGGCCGCGCUGGCCAUGACGCCGAUUGUGCGCCAGGAACCGCGCCCGCAGCGGCCCGUCGUCGAGAAGCAGCAUCAGCAGCAGCAGCAGGCCAUCACGGACAACUGGUCUGGCGACAACCAUCCGACAAGCUCGUCAGCCGCGAUGGAUGCCGAGGCCGGUGGCGACGUGGCGGCUGUCCUGUCGCAGACGGCGGCACCGAUGGCGCUGGCACACCGUCCUGAUGCCAUCGCGGAUGCCAUCGCUGAAGCCGACGUCGAUACCAACGUCGAUACCAGCGUCAACGUCAGCGUCGAUCUCGACCUUGACACGCGUGCCGUGGAACCCGUGGUGUCGGAUGCCGACCUUGAUGAGGGCCAUGACGAGUUGGAAACGGCCAAUGCUGCAGCCACCGCCGCUGUCGAGCCGAUUGUCCAUGCACACGCGCGUCUUCCGUCGACCCAUGCCAGCGAUGCGAGUGCUGUCGGCGACCUGGCUAUCACGCCAUCGCUCCCUGUGUCUGUGCCUGUUCCUGUGCGUGUGCGUGUGCGUGAGCCUGUCCCUGCGCCGCAGCCUCGCCCUCUGCCCCCCAUUCCUGUGGAGGGGCCCCUCUCCCCGGCCCACAUCUUCCUCUUGCGCUGCCCGCCCUCCUUUUGGAUCGACUUCGUCCCCCUCUGGGCCUACGAGAUCAACAUUGCCCGCUACAACUUUGUCGCCUACAUGGAGCGCACGCGCCAGUCGCUCAAGAACCCGCCGCCGCCGCCGCCGCCCUUUGCGACCUCGCCACGGCGCCCGCGCCCGCUGCCCCCGCACUGGACGUGGCGGUGCAGCUGCCGCCGCCGGCACAUUGUGGUGUUGACUCCUGCGUCGUGGGGGGUGGCACCGGAUCCGCAGUGGUGUCGUCGGUGUGGGGAUGUGCAGCCGGCGCGGUGUGACGGCGAGGAGGGCGUGGACGACAGCGAGGACGGUAGCGGUAGUGGUGGUGGUGGUGGUGGUGGCGGUGGAGGUUGUGGUGGUGAAGGUGGACGUGGUGGUGGUCACGGCGGCCAUGGUCCUGGAGGCGGCUCUGGUGGUGGUGGCUGGCCACCGCCGCCAAUGCCGCCGCGGGCGGAUCAUCAGUACCGGUACUGA